AUGGCCGAGGGUCUGAACCGCUCCAAGUCGGACCAGGCCAGCAGCCUUGCCGACUACCCUCCCAGCUGCGGCGAGCCUGCGAUCCCCCCUGCGAAGACAAAGGCGAAGACGAAGGCAUCCGUCGUCCAGCGCAUCCGCCAUGUCGCCAGUUCGGUCUACCAGAAGGCUGUCGUCGAGGCGAUUCUUCAGCGAGGCCAGCUGGCCGCCUCGAAAGACGGACGCAAGAUACCCUUGCGGAUUGACAAUGACGAGGCCUUGAUCGAUUCCCGGCGCGGCCAGGCGUACAUCUCCAACAGCAUUCGCACGUCGCGGUACACUUUGUGGAACUUUGUGCCUAAGCAGCUCUUAUUCCAGUUUACUCGCAUCGGCAACUUUUACUUCCUCUGCGUUGGCAUUCCUCAGAUGAUUCCUGGCCUCUCGACGACGGGCUCCUACACGACGAUCCUCCCCCUCCUGUUCUUUGUAUGCUUGACCAUGUUCAAGGAAGGCUUCGAUGACUACCGACGACACCGCCUGGACAAGGUUGAGAAUGCAAACUUUGCGACUGUACUCGGCAAGGAGGACAAGUACACUGGCAAGACGAAGCGAGCACACUUUUUGGAUCGAUUCAAUCCCUUCCAUACGAAAACAACCAGCGAGCCUCGACCUGUCCCUGCCGAAGAGUUUCAAGGCGUUCGAUGGGUGCCAACGAGAUGGGCCGAUAUCAAGGUGGGAGACGUCAUUCGACUUGCGCGCGACGAACCUGUGCCGGCCGACAUUGCGCUCAUCUACAGCGAUGGCGAAAACAACUUGGCCUAUGUCGAUACCAUGGCGCUCGAUGGCGAGACGAAUCUGAAGAGCAAACAAGUGUGUCAUGCCCUCGAGGGAUGCGGCACCAUCCAAGGCAUUGCGAAAUGCGGUGCGGAAUUCGUCGCCGAGGACCCCAAUCCGGAUCUGUUCAACUUCAAUGGAAAAGUCACCGUCAAUGAGAAGGCAGUCCCUUUGACCCUUAACGAGAUCGUAUACCGCGGCAGCGUGCUUCGCAAUACAACGUGCGCCAUUGGAAUCGUACUCAACACGGGAGAAGAGUGCAAGCUGCGGAUGAACUCCAACCGGCAUCCAAAGGCAAAAAAGCCAGCUUUGGAGAGGGUCGUUAACCGAAUCGUCAUUACGCUCGCCUUCUACGUCGUCAUCCUUUCUGUUGGAGUGUCGAUGGGCUACAUCCUCUGGCAGCGAAGCACCGAGCGUCAUUCGUGGUAUUUGGCUCAUGCCAGUGUCCCCUUCCACGAGGUCAUCAUUGCUUUCAUCAUCAUGUUCAACAAUGUUAUUCCACUAUCUUUAUACGUGAGCUUGGAAAUUGUCAAGGUCGGGCAGCUGCUUCUUUUGAACUCGGACGUCGAAAUGUACGACGAGGAGUCGGAUACGCCGGCGCGAUGCAACACAAACACCAUUUUGGAAAACCUCGGUCAGGUUGGAUACAUCUUUUCGGACAAGACGGGCACGCUCACGGACAAUGUCAUGAAGUUUCGUAAACUCAGCGUUGCCGGUACCGUCUGGCUUCAUGAGAUGGACUUGGAGCCGCAGCCAUCGCAGAUCGAUGGAUCAGAUACUACUUCGUCAAUCGUCAAAGUUGACGUACCCAGUCGUGCCCCUUCGGUGAAUCGGAGGGACCGUACCUCCGUUGUCAUUCACGAGGAGUCUCUCGACAACGUGGACACGCCGAUGUCACCAAGGCCGUCAAUGGCAGGGCGACGAUCGUCAUCCCAAUGGCGAUCGACCGGCCGACCGGACCAUGUUCAGCCUGAUGUCAACACCUCUGACUUGCUCGAGUAUAUGAAGCUGCGGCCUCAUUCAGCGUUCACUAGGAAAACCAAAGAAUAUUUGCUCGCCAUGGCGCUGUGCCAUUCUUGUUUGCCGGAGCAGAAAGAUGGGAAGAUCGACUUUCAGGCCUCUUCCCCUGACGAACUCGCCCUGGUGAGAGCUGCGCAAGAGCUGGGAUACCUGGUGGUUCAACGAAACUCGAAGCAGAUCACGCUCCAGGUCACCCAGACUGAUGGGAGCGUUGAGCUUUUGAAAUACGAGAUCCUAGAUAUCAUCGAAUUCAGCAGUGCCCGGAAGAGAAUGUCCAUUGUCGUGCGCUACCCCGACGGUCGCAUCUCGGUCAUAUGCAAGGGCGCCGACUCGGCCAUCCUGCCUCGCCUGAGGCUGUCUUCGCUCGCCAUGCAGAAAGCAACAGAAGUCCGACAGAGCGCCGAUCUGGAGCAUGAGCGAUUCCGCCGCAGCGAGCAGCUCGAACCGCGCAACAGCUUCGGUGGCAGGCCCAGCCUGAGCGUUCGCCGCAAUCCCACCAUCACGCGGGAACGCAGCGUGCACCGGCCGUCGAUGGGCAAUCGAAGCAAGUCCUUUGAGCUCAACAAGCUGACCCGCCGGUCCGAGGAACGGCCACGCCCAUCGUUCAACCUCAAUUCACGAGGAGCAUCGUUCGACAUAUCAAACCGCCAUCUACUGAGUCCCAUGACGCCUCAUGCCCCCCAGCCGCUGGAUCCUCGUCUCAGCUUCUUGGAAGAUUCCGGGAUUUUCGACGAAUCUGAAGUGUUUACAAAAUGCUUCAAGCACUUGGACGAUUUCGCCACUGAAGGUCUGCGGACGCUCCUCUUUGCCCAGAAGUUCGUCUCGGAGCAGGAAUACAGGUCAUGGAAGAAGCUUUACGACGACGCUACCACCAGUCUCACAAAUCGGCAGGAAAAGAUCGAGGCCGCCGGAGAGAUGAUUGAGCAGGCAUUUGAGCUCGUUGGCGGAAGUGCGAUCGAAGACAAGCUUCAAAAGGGGGUACCUGAAACCAUCGACAGGCUGAGACGGGCCAACAUCAAGAUCUGGAUGUUGACGGGAGACAAGCGAGAAACGGCGAUCAAUAUUGCUCACUCUGCCCGGAUUUGCCGUCCCGGUUCCGACGUGUACAUUAUUGACGCCACGAAGGGCUCUCUCGAGACGCAGCUCUCGGCCAUGGCCGAAGAUCUGACCGUUGGCUCGAUCCACAGCGUCGUCGUCAUAGAUGGGCAGACCUUGGCGGCUGUGGAAAAGUCAGAGGCCCUUUCGGUGCAAUUCUUUGCCAUCAUGCUUCGGGUGGACUCGGUCAUUUGCUGCCGCGCAUCGCCCGCUCAAAAGGCCCUCUUGGUCCGAACCGUUCGGAGCAAACUCAAGGCGUACAGAGGCAAGAACCGGCGCGGGCUGACGCUGGCAAUCGGCGACGGCGCAAACGACCUUGCCAUGAUCCAGGCGAGCCAUGUCGGCAUUGGCAUCUCGGGCAAAGAGGGACUCCAGGCCGCGCGAGUGGCAGACUACGCCAUUGCACAGUUCCGGUUCCUGCAGCGGCUACUCCUCGUUCAUGGAAGAUGGAACUACGUCCGUACCGCCAAGUUCAUCGUGUGCACUUUCUGGAAGGAAAUGUUCUUCUACCUCCCUGCGGCGCAGUACCAACGCUACAACGGCUAUACCGGAACCUCGCUUUACCAGUCGGCAAGUUUGACCGUCUUCAACACGCUCUUUACGAGUCUCUGCACGAUCUGCAUGGGUAUCUGGGAGCAGGAUCUCCGAGCCGAAACCCUGCUGGCGAUCCCCGAGCUGUACAUUUACGGCCAGCGCAACAUGGGCCUGAAUUUCUGGAAAUACAUGCGCUGGAUGCUGCUCGCUGCCAUUGAGGGCGUGAUUACCUGGAACGGCAUCUGGGCUGGCUACGGAUGGGUGACGCCGGCGGCCAAGGACGAGAAUCUGUACGCCCUUGGGUCAUUGGUGUUUACGGUUGGCGUCUUUUAUUCCGGCUGGUUCGCCUGGCUGGCCUUCCUCGACGGCGUCUACGCGGCCACGCCGUCGGGCGACUACGACAUCCGGCACACCUUCACGCGGCUCUGGGGCGCGGACGCGGUGUGGUGGUCCACCGUCUUCAUCGUGCUGGCGUUCAUGGGCAUGAUGGAGCUGCUCUUCAAGGCGGCCAAGAGGGCGAUGCUGGUCGCGGGGCUGUGGCACUGGCCGCCGUGGCAGCAGCGCAGGGCGAGGCUGCGCGACAACGUCGAGGAGUGGGAGCUGGAGCUGUGGCAGGAGAUGGAGCAGGACGAGGCCGUGAGGAGGAAACUUGCUCGGAUGGCGAGGGAUGAUGGGGACGAUGGUGAUGUUGGUGUUGGUACUAUUCUUGAUGGUGAUGAUGAUGUUAUUAGGGUUGGGGGGGAAGAUGAGGAUGUUUUGGAGCAGAUUGAGGUGGAUAUUUCGAGGAGGUCGUGA